CUCAGUUUUCGUUUCCAGCAUCGCCCGCUGCCGCAUCGCCAUGGUCAUCGCCGCACGUCAUGUUUUUCCACGCCGUGAGUGCAGCCCGUGAGUAGUGGUCAUGGCAGGAGUUGAAGUACCUCCAGUAUUUAAAGACCUGCCGGUCAAAGUGCAAACGUCCAAGCUUGUCACUCGCAAGGAUCUCUUCAACCAGCUGGAAGAAGCGGCAAAAACCGGAUCCCUAGCGGACCCUGUAGUGCGCGGCCUGUGCCAAGUGCUGCGGCUGACACUUCCCCGAUAUCAUGGCAGCGCCUCACGCCACCUGGUGGAGCAGCUUGUUGGCUCCUUGCUGGCCGCCCAGCCGUCCAGCGCGGGCCACCUCAUUGCGACCAUCCUCGAUGUGUCCCGUGAACACAAGCCCCUCUUCAUCACGAAGAACCUGGCUCGCACGUGCCUCACGGCAUUCAGCUGGUCUUGCAAAGUAGCCCACCAGGUUCUGGUCAAUCGGGGAGACCUCAAACCCGACAAGAUCAGGGACCUGGUGGAGGCUCAAAGCAACCUGCUUCUGUCGGUGUCGUCGGCAUGUGAUGCCACACUCAACAAGAAGCUUAAGAGGAACAUCAACUAUCUGUGGAAACAGGUCCAGACGGAUUCAUAUGCGGAGGUGCUGAGCAGCCUGGAGCCCUCGUGUGCUGUGCUGCUGACCUGGUGCUUCCUCAUUGCCUACUUGGACGCCCAAAAGCUGAGGGAUGUCAUCCAUUCCUACAAGGCGAAGUUUCUGGAAGUUUUCAAGACAGUGGUAUUGACGAGCAAGACGGCAGCACCAACUCACGUUCUCGAGCAUUCGCGCUGCCUUUUGAGGCAUGCCACUCACGAGGACUUCAAGGAGCAGCUGGUGCCUGCCAUGCAGAAGGCCAUGCUGCGCAAUCCUGAAAUCAUCAUGGAGAGUGUGGCGCACGUGGUGCAGGGAGUCACUCUGGAGCUCAGCCCUUACCUGGGGGAACUGGGCAAAAGCCUGGCACGCAUACUGCAGUGA